AACACCGCAACGCUCCCUCGAUCUAGCCGCCAUGGCCGCGCGCGUCCCCGGUUCCCUCUUGGCUCUCCUCCUGCUCAUCCUCGCGACCGCGUCCCCCACCGGCGCCCUCCGCUUCGACCUGCGUUCGGGCCACACCAAGUGCAUCUCCGACGACAUCAAGGUGGGCGCCAUGGCCGUCGGGAAGUACCAAGUCAUGGCCCCCGACGGCGUCGCCUCUUCGUCGUCGUCGCCACAGCAGCUCCCGGACUCUCACCGCAUCUCGCUGCGGGUCACCUCGCCCUACGGCAACAGUCUGCACUACGCGGAGAACGUGCACUCGGGCAACUUCGCCUUCACGGCCUCCGAGGCCGGCGACUACCUCGCCUGCUUCUGGGCGCCCGAUCACCGCCCGCCCGCCAUCGUCGCGUUCGAGUUCGACUGGCGCAGCGGCGUCUCCGCCAGGGACUGGAGCGCCGUCGCCAAGAAGGGUCAGGUCCAAAUGAUGGAAUUGGAACUCAGGAAGCUGGAGGGUAACAUCAAAUCUAUCCAUGAUGAAAUGUUUUACCUUCGUGAAAGGGAAGUAGAGAUGCAGGAACUGAACAGGAGAACAAACUCAAGGAUGGCUUGGCUUGGUUUCCUCUCGCUCGCCAUCUGCCUAUCAGUGGCGGGCUUUCAGUUAUGGCACCUGAAGAACUUCUUUGAAAGAAAGAAGCUACUAUAGUUCUUUUCGAUUACCACAGAACAUAUUUUGGCGCAACUUUUUUGGUUACCUUUUCUUCUUUGAUGUUUAGUGGAUGUAGAUUUUCUGCUGAUGAACAAAGAUAUAGCAGCGUUGAUAAAUAUUGAUUUUUAGUUUCCUAGGACAAAAUUAAAUAUAUGCGGAGUGUAAAGCUGACA